AUGAAAUCCUACUCCGCUUCACUCUUCCUCGUCCUUCUCCUCCCGAUCCUAGCCAUCGCUCAAAACGAGAAUCAAGUCGGCUCUUGGAAGCCGAUUGCAGACGUGGAUGAUCCGCACAUUCAAGAGAUCGGAAAGUUCGCUGUGAAAGAGAACAAUUUGGAAUCCAAAAACAACUUCGUAUACAAGAGGGUCGUUAGCGGCGAAUCACAGGUCGCCUCUGGAAUCAACUACCACCUCGUUAUCGAAGUCAAGGAUGGAAGUUUGGAUGCGCAAUAUCAGGCCGUCGUGUUGGAGAAGAAAUGGGAGCAUUCCAAGCAGCUCGUGUCCUUCAACCCUCUCUCCUAA